AUGGCAAUGCCGCGAAUCUCUCGCUUGUUACCUCUUCGCAAUGCAUCCACUGUGCCUCAAGCUACAAAGUUUUCUGGGGAUAUAUCUUCUGUUUUCCCCAGUCUGAGACCGGAUUAUAGGCCAGAAGCCCUUCCUGUUCGCUUCCAAGAGCUCAAGGAGCACCUCUUCCAGCGAAACCCUGACUCGCUGGUGCGGAGCUGGAAUCGUCUCCUUUCAAGCCUCAAAGCUGAGGUCAACGAGAUCCAUGCCAGUGGAAACCAGGCUAUUCCUUCACUGGACUUCAAUGAAGUGAGGGCUGGGAACGUUUCGAUUCAAGAUCUAUCAGAAAUUCGACGACGCGGAACUGUGAUUAUCCGGAACGUAUUACCAAAACAUCUCGCACUUCAACUCAAGCAGCAGGCAAGAGAUUAUAUAUCAGCGAAUAGGACCAGGGUAAAGGCGUUUCCGCCGGAUUCUCCCACUGUUUAUGAACUAUACUGGUCUCCAUCGCAAGUGGCAGCUCGUUCUCACCCGAACAUACUUGAAACACAGCGCUUUCUGCAGGGAAUAUGGCAUUCUUCGGAUCCAUCUACUCCGGUUUCCAUGAGGUAUCCUCUGGCCUAUGCUGACAGGUUCCGAAUACGAGAACCUGGGGAUUCAAAAUUUUCUCUUGGGCCGCAUGCUGAUGGGGGCUCAUUGGAACGCUGGGAGGAUCCUGAAUACUCCAAAGUCUACAGUAAAAUUCUGGAGGGCUCGUGGGAGGAAUACGAUGCGUUUGAUGCGAAGCAUCGUGUUACGGCAAAUAUGAACUUGUAUAACGGGUCCGGUGCCUGCUCGAUGGUAAGAUUUUUCCAAGGCUGGCUUUCAAUGUCAGAUACCGGCCCAGGGGAAGGUACCCUCAAGGUUUGCCCAAUGCUUCAGCACAGCACAGCAUAUACGAUCCUCCGUCCAUUCUUUACUGAUUCUUUGAGACCGUCCAAUGAUUCCACUUUUCCCGGCGCCGUUCCGGGCGCAUGCCAGGAAUAUUCUGAGCAAAGCCACCCUCACCUAGAGCUCUCUACCUCCAUGGUUCCUGUGCCACCAGUACAUCCAGGGGACUAUGUGGGAUGGCAUUGCGACAGCCUUCACUCCGUCGAGAAGGAACAUCGUGGACAAGGAGACUCUAGUGUUCUUUACAUACCUGCUGUCCCUCUUUGCGAAUCAAAUGCGGAAUACCUCAGAAAACAAAGAGCUGCGGCACUUGCCUAUUCCCCUCCCUGGGAUUUCCCCAACGCUGGGGGUCUGGGCGAAUUUGGCUUCAACGGCGUCGUCGAUUGGCCUGCUCUGACCGAUGAGGGACUUCAGGCCAUGGGCAUGGGCUCAAAGGGUUGGGCAGUUGAGGAUGGUAUGAGCCAGGGUGACAUUGAAGCGAUCGGAGUUGGAAACAAAAUUUGUUUCAGGCAGGAGUAG